GAACUUCCUAAUCCAGCCUCCUGGGCUACUGGAUUUACAAGAGUGCAACCCCACUCCAAACACCAGUGUUGUGUUGCUCCCAUUCCAUGCUGCAGCAUCGAGGAUCGGAAGAGCAUGGAGGUUACAAAGGUUGUACCAGCAAACCUGUUCUUCUGUCCACUGGCGAUGCUUUGUCUUGAGAGCUCAAAGCGUAGAAAGGAUUAUCUUGAUUGAGGUCAGUUAUCAAGAUAGCGUCUUAGGUAGAGCUGCUUCAGACUUACUGGGUGGCCUCAGUUUCCCAAUUUGAGCCCGAAGCCGCUGAUCCCGGUAGUGCUCCUCCAUUCUCCUAAGUGAAGAAGCGACUGGGGCCCCGCCCCUCCCCUCCAGGCCGUGCCCACCCAGUAGUCUCCGACCGCGCCCCCAUUCGGACUCAGGCUCCGCCCCCUCUCCGGAGACCCCGCCCCUUCAACUGCCAACGGCACCCGCGCUGGAGGCCAUCAGCAGGAGGUUCACUGACUUCGGCCGUCGUCGGGCCUCCCGCUUCCCCUUGACAGGCCAAGUCCCCGGGGCUGCAGGCGGGGAGGAGGCGACGGGACCCUUGCCCAGCGGGCGUGGACCGGCGCCCCUCACGCAGCCGCUCGGAGCAGGUGCGCGGGGCGAUGCCCGGCGCCGCGUCCCGGUGCCACCCCCAUGGAAGAAGCCCCUCUGCUGGGCGCCCUGACGGGCCCCGACGAUGAGACGGCCGCCGACCUGUUCGGCCCCGAGCGCGCGUCGGAGGCGGAGUGCCGCGCCCGGAGCCCCGCCACGGCGGUGCCGCCGGAGCCGGACGAGCUGCCGGUGCUGAGGGACGCCUACCUGGGAGUCGCCGCCACCGCCCCCGGCGAGGAGCCACCCGCCGCGGAGGACGCCGCGCCGCCGCCCGCCUACAGCCUGCGCGUCCUGUCGUCGCUGCUGCCUGCGCCGCUGGGCGCCGGGGUGCGGGUGAUCCCAGUCGAAAUAAAGGAAGCAGGUAGCACUGUGACAAGUAAUCUGGAGGAAGCAGCUUUCCCAAACCCUCUUGUGCAGGAAUCCUGUUGUAAGUUUCUAUCAUCCCAGGAAGCGGAGGACGUGGCCAGCUCCUCUCCUAAGAAAGACUCCAGCCCGAUGGUGAUCUGUCAGUUGAAAGGGGGCACACAGGUGCUGUGUAUAGACAAUGCUGGCACAAGAGAACUAAAAGCCCUUCAUCUGGUUCCUCAGUAUCAAGACCAAAACCACUGUCUACAGUCAGAUGGCCCCAAACCACUGACUACUUUAGUAGGAAGAUUCUUGCCAGUACCAGCAAAAUUAAAUCUCAUUACACAACUUGACAAUGGUGCCCUCCCGUCGACAGCCAGUAGCGGGCCUGCUUUCCCUUCGGAACCAACUCUUCCAGGGCCACCGAAAAUAACCUUGGCUGGGUACUGCGACUGCUUCGCCAGUGGGGACUUUUGCAACAACUGUAACUGUAACAACUGCUGCAACAAUUUACACCAUGAAAUGGAACGGUUUAACGCCAUUAAGGUAUGUCUCGACAGAAAUCCAGAAGCUUUCCAACCAAAAAUUGGCAAAGGCAGGUCGGGAGACGUUAAACCGCGUCACAACAAAGGCUGCAACUGUAAGCGGUCCGGCUGCCUGAAGAAUUACUGUGAGUGCUAUGAGGCCAAAAUUAUGUGCUCUUCUAUAUGCAAAUGCAUUGGUUGCAAAAACUAUGAAGAAAGCCCAGAACGAAAAACACUGAUGAAUCUGCCGAAAUCUAUGGAAACUGGAGAAUUUGAAGGCAGCCAUCAUUUGUCACCAGUUAAAAUUUCAGAACUACCACAAUUCAGAAAAGAUAGCUUGGCUGAUUCUCCGGAGAUGCUGACUUGGAGACCAGGCAAAAGGAGAAAGAGCCUUCAUGACGCUGGCUUCUGGCGGCCUUUCUCCUGCAUCUCCUGGGAGGUGGUGGAGGCUGCGUGCGCCUGCCUGCUGGCCCAGGGCGAGGAGGCCGAGAAGGACCAUUGCUCACAGUGCCUGGCCGAGCAAAUGAUCCUGGAGGAGUUCGGGCGAUGCUUAUCACAGAUUCUUCACACUGAGUUCAAGUGCAAGGGGCUGAAAAUCGAGCCGAAUACGCUGUAGUCAAGCGUGACCUAGCGCUGUCAUUAGAGUAGCACGAGGCGCCUGGACAGUUGUCUGGCUGGGACCCAGCUCUCGCAUGGGAGGCUGUGGGUUCACGCAGGCGCUCGGAGGGAGGGCGGCCUUGUGUGAGGAGGUGUGCUAUGCGCCCUGCAUCUGCACAGCGGCGAGCUUGGCUUCCUGCCAUCGGUCCAGAGCAUGGUCCUCCGGGCCUGCCCAUGUCAGGAAGUGGGGUGGUUCUUGGUUGUGUUUGUUUGUUUUUUUCAAAUUAUUUAAAAUAUAUUCUCCAGAGGGGCUGCUUUGAUACAAUUUAAGUCUGUACAUCGGUCCACUAAAUACCCUAGGAUUUCUGCAGUGGAGAUAGUCCCCAGAAUCACAGGGCACAGUGAAGGCCAGGAUGACAUCAAGAGUCUUCGGUCAUGGAGUUCAAAUUGUGUUCAGUUUCUUAUGUGUUUCUACUUAAAUUGUGGGAAAGCUUGUUAUUCGCUUCAUUUAUCCAUAAUGAUCGUUACGAUCCUAUUCCUUGUAAGAAAUGUCAGAGUGAGUAGCCCGCACAAACCAGCAGGGAAGGCUGCUUGUGGUAUCUUUAGGUUCUAUUGAAAAAGUGAAAGAGAAUACAAAUUUCCAAGGCCUUUAGUUGUUAAAAUUAACAUGAUAACUGAAAAUGUGUUUGUCUUGUUAAUACCCACCCUGAAAUAGAUUAAAAGUGUUCUUUCAUGUG